UUGUUCAGAUGGGGCUCCAGCGACUGUUCGGAGUUGUUGUGGAGAUUAGCAAGAGUGUUAUGUGAAAAGGCCAAACUCAGCAAGAACAAGGAGGACAGGGAGAGGCUGAUGUAUGAAGCUUUUGCUGUUGUGCAGAAGGCUCUCGAUAAAGAACCCAAAGAUGGGUGUUUUGGCGCUCAUAAAUGGUACGCUAUUCUUCUCGACUAUAUUGGAGAGAUCGAGGGGACAAAGUCACGCCUCCAGAAGUCCUACGAGGUAAAGGAACAUCUGGAACGUGCACUUCAAAUAUGUUCUAGCGAUGCAACGACAUGGCACAUCCUUGGCAUUUGGCACUUGUCAUUCGCAGACAUGGGCUAUGCGACACGUCUUGCAGCAAACGCUUUCUUUGCGACGCCACCUUCAUCAACUUACGAGCAGGCGUUGCAACACUUUCUCAAAGCAGAAGAGAUAUCCCCUCGUUUCUAUAGUACUAACACGUACUACAUUGGAGAAGUAUACGAGAAGAUGGGCAACAAAGAUGAAGCCAUAAAGUACUACAAGGAGGCAUUCAAGAUGCCUGUUGUAUCGGCUGACGACCGCUCAGUACAUCAGAAGGCAAGAGCUGUUACGCAUUGUUGA